ACUGUACUACUAAUUAAAAAAUACGCGACUAAACGAACCCGCCUAAAAAAAUCUGAAGCAGAGAAGAAGAAAUCGAAGAAUCAAGACCGUAAUCGCGAGAGCUGAAUAAUGUUCUCUAUUGCAGCCAUUAACGAUACUGAUUCUAAAGAGCAAUGGGAACCCUUAGCCCCGACUAAAGAAGCCCAGGAAUUUCAUCUUACACAAAAUUAUCAUGAUGGGCUGCUUAAAUUACAAGCGAAAGAGUAUGAUAAAGCAUGCGAGUUAUUGGAAUCGGUUUUAAAAGAUCCGUUAAUAUCAAAUGCUCAGGCUGAUCGUAAUGCGAAUGAUGGUCAUUUGCUACAACUCAGAUUCUUGGUGCUGAAGAAUCUUGCAACUGUUUUUCUUCAACAAGGUCCUAGUUAUUAUGAGAGUGCUCUUCGCUGUUACCUUCAAGCUGUAGAGAUUGAUACCAAAGAUUCUGUUGUCUGGAAUCAGCUGGGAACAUUAUCUUGCUCGAUGGGUUUGUUGAGUAUUUCACGUUGGGCGUUUGAGCAAGGGCUUCUAUGUAGCCCAAAUAAUUGGAAUUGCAUGGAGAAACUAUUGGAAGUUCUUAUUGCCAUUGGUGAUGAGGUUGCAUGCCUUUCUGUAGCAGAGUUAAUUUUGAGACAUUGGCCUUCACAUUCUCGUGCUUUGCAUGUCAAAAAUACUAUCGAAGAGUCGGAGCCAGUUCCAUUUUCUCCUAGAGGUAUAGAUAAGCUGGAACCUAAGCAUGUCAGACUUAAAUUUCUUGAUAAGAGAAAAGCAACUGAUGAAAAUCUUGAUGAGGGUAUUGCAUGUAAACGGGCAAACCACAACAUAGAAUUGCUCCUACCUGAAGUUUCAUGGGCAGCUCUCACUGAUGCCAUUCUGGAAAUUUUACUUAAACUCAAUGGUUUUGGUUCUGAGAUGGGGGGUGAUACAGUAUGCAGAUCAGGGGAUAUCAGGUUAACUAUAAACAUGCCUUCAAAUAUGGAAAUCAUCAUGGAGUCUGUGGAAAAGAAAGGGUCAAAAUCCAUCCCUAGCAUUCAAAGCGUGUCUUUUGUCGAUUGUAACUCUGAAAGAGCCAGCAGUGUUAAGGAAAGGGAUCCAAAUAUUAUUGAUGAACAUCCUCAUGAGAGGCGGAGCACUCGUCUUAGGAGUCGUAAACCAGGAAAAGAAGAAUUGGAUUUUGAUACUAGAAAGGAUCUGGCCAAAGUCGUAGUUCAGCUCAUAGAACCUUUCAUAGUUAAAAAUGAGGAUUCUGAUCUUGUGGGUAGUUGUUCGGUUCCAUGUUUUGAUCAGGCUAAUUCAUUGGAUACGGAACACAAUGAUGUGGCUGAUUUUGUAAGGGAAACUUCAAAAAAUUAUGGUGCUUACCAUAUGGGCCAUUUGCUUUUGGAACAUGCUGCAAGCAGGAUCCUUAAGUAUCAAGAUGCGUUUGUCAAAUUCUUGGAGUUGGAGAGGUUGACAAGACAUUGGGGGAGAGAUAGGACGCCUGAAUGCUGCCUUUUUCUAGCUGAACUAUAUUAUGAUCUUGGAUCGUUACCUUCAAAUGUUUCCAAGAUGUCUGAAUAUUUGUCAGAGGCUUCCUAUCAUCUUUGUAAAAUAAUUGAAUCAGUAGCUUUGGAUUAUCCUUUUCACUUGACUCAUGUAUCUGGAAAUAUAAAUUUCUCUUCAGAUAAGAUUUUCCAAGAUAGUGAUGAAACAUUAAAAGAAGGCACCGGAGGCUGGGAUUCACUUUUAAACAUUUCCUUAUUGGAAAACAAAAGUUCCUUCUGGGUUCGGUAUUUCUGGUUGAGUGGGAAAUUGUCUAUCAUGGAUGGAAACAAGGCAAAAGCUCAUGGAGAGUUCUGUAUUUCCUUGUCUGUUUUGGCAAAGAAGGAAGUAACAAACGGUGCUCCAUCAGUCUGUCUUCCACACCUGAAGAUUGAUAAAGAGUUAACUAUAGACAGGAUUCUGCAUGGAAUUAAUCUAUUGAAGCUUGAUCUCUUGCUUGAGAAGACGGUAGGAGAGAUGAUUGAGAAAGAAAUGUAUUCGGAUUGUAUAGACUUGCUUGCUCCACUUCUAUUCUCUUCCAAGCAUGUUCACCUCAAUGUAUUGCCAUUGCCUGCUGCUGAUAAGAAAGGUGAAGAAUUUACAUGCAUUGAACUUUCAGCAUUAGAUACAUUAAUUGAAGCAUGUGAGAAGGCAAAGCCAAUGGAAAUUGAGGUAUGUUUGAAGAGUCACCAACGGAAGCUGGAAAUACUCUUGAUACUAGCUGGUAUGGAUGGAUAUGUAACCUUCCAUCAGAAGUCUGAGUUAAAGGCAUACUAUGCCUCUGAUAUAGUGUCAAAAGAAAAUCCAGAGAAGCACUGGAAUGACUUGGUGAUGGAGGAAGUGAAAACAAUUUCACAAUGUGUAUCACAAUUCAAGAACUUUCUGGGUCCAUCUGUUGAUUGUAAUGGAAAAAUCAUUCCCUUUGGCAUUAUUGGCGACAUUCAGUCUUUGCUGCUGGCUGUCAUGUGCCAUAUUGCAAAUUACUUAUCUAAGAAAUCUUCUGUGCCAGCGAUUAGUGAAGAAUUAGAACAAAAGCAAAUUUGCUGCUUUGUUGAUGCAGGCAUUGCAUACUGCAAGCUUCAACAUCUCGUCCAUACCAUCCCUGUUAAAACCCAAGUUGAACUAAUUGUUGCAAUCCAUGACUUACUUGCUGAGUAUGGCCUCUGCUGUGCUGGCGGGGAUGGUGAAGGGGAGGAAGGAACAUUUCUUAAAUUUGCAAUAAAGCAUCUCUUGGCAUUGGACAUGAAGCUCAAGUCCAACUUAAACUCUUCUAACAUAGAAGCAAUUGAACAUGAUGACAAGCUUCAUAGCCCAAACAAAACAUUUAAAACUGAGACAAAAUUAAAUACAUUGGGUGUAGAGGGGGGUGGAGCUGAAAUCAAUGAAGUAAGUGCUACUAUGAGUGAUGGUUUUGGAGGGAUUUCUUCCAAAGAUGUAUCAUCUCCUGCAGGCCUAGAGAAAGACCAUGCAGAUUUAGAAUGCAGAAAAGAAGGUGGCAAUGAGGGGAAGAACAAAGGAGAGAAACCCAUAGAACAUAUCAAUGAACUUAGUGAAGAGGAAAGAGAGGAACUUGAGUUACUAAUUGAUAAUGCUUUGGAUCAGUGCUUUUUCUGCUUGUACGGUCUCAAUAUUCGAUCUGAUUCUUCCUAUGACGAUGACCUAGCCACUCACAAGAAUACCAGUCGUGGAGAUUAUCAGUCCAAGGAACAAUGUGCUGAUGUCUUUCAGUAUAUAUUGCCAUGUGCAAGAGCUUCAUCAAAAACUGGAUUGGUAAAACUUCGUAGGGUGUUAAGAGCUAUACGCAAACACUUUCCACAACCGCCAGAAGAAGUUCUUGCUGGAAAUGCAAUAGAUAAAUUUUUAGAUGAUCCUGAUUUAUGUGAAGACAAACUGUCAGAUGAGGCUGGAUCUGAAGGGUAUCUUGAAACCAUAACAAAGGUAAUAUUUCCUGAUGCAGGAAGUGUCAAACAGCACAGGGCAUUGAUGGUCAGAAGCUCCGAGCCAUAUUUUGAAGUGUAUUGCAACUUGUAUUAUUUCCUAGCCCUUUCAGAGGAAAUGAAUGCAACUGAUAAAUGGCCAGGCUUUGUACUGACCAAGGAAGGGGAAGAGUUCGUACAACAAAAUGCAAAUCUCUUUAAAUAUGAUCUACUGUACAACCCUCUACGCUUUGAAAGUUGGCAACGGCUUGGAAAUACUUACGAUGAGGAGGUAGACUUGUUGCUAAACGAUGGAAGUAAGCACAUAAAUGUGGCAGGGUGGAGAAAAAAUGUUACUCUACCUCAGAGAGUUGACACAAGUCGAAGGAGGAGUAGGCGUUGUCUAUUAAUGAGUUUGGCUUUAGCGAAGACACCAGCCCAGCAGUGUGAGUUACAUGAGUUGCUGGCACUGGUCUGCUAUGACAGCCUUCAGAAUGUGGUACCUUUUUAUGACCAAAGAUCUGCCAUACCGUCGAAAGAUGCAGUAUGGAUGGCAUUUUGUGAGAAUUCAUUGAAGCAUUUUAAGAAAGCUCACACACAAAAGCAGGAUUGGUCGCAUGCAUUCUACAUGGGGAAACUCUGCGAAAAGCUUGGAUACUCAUAUGAGACAUCACUAUCAUAUUAUAGUGUAGCUAUCGCUUUGAAUUCAUCAGCUGUGGAUCCUGUCUAUAGGAUGCAUGCUUCUCGCCUAAAGUUACUUUGCAAAUCUGGAAGACUGAAUCUGGAGGUUUUAAAGGUCCUUGCAGAAUAUUCCUUUAAUGAAUCAACAAAGGAUUCUGUCAUGAGCAUACUUGGUACAUUUGCACCUGAAGUGUCAUGUUCAGCAGAUAAUAUUGAGGACAGAAGCACUGAGGAAAGUUUUGAGAGAAAACAUGAGGAAUCAGUUCAGUUAGAAGAGGUGUGGCAAAUGCUUUACGAUGAUUGCAUUUCUGCUUUGGAAGUUUGUGUUGAAGGCGAUCUCAAACAUUUUCAUAAGGCCAGAUACAUGCUUGCACAAGGACUGUAUAAAAGGGGUUUGAAUGGUGAUUUGGAGAGAGCAAAGGAUGAACUUUCUUUUUGCUUCAAAUCUUCUCGCUCGUCCUUCACUAUAAAUAUGUGGGAGAUUGAUGGGAUGGUCAAAAAAGGAAGGCGCAAAACACCAGGUUUUUCUGGGAACAAAAAGGCCCUUGAAGUAAACUUACCAGAAAGUUCCCGGAAAUUUAUUACUUGCAUUCGGAAGUAUUUGUUGUUCUAUCUGAAAUUGUUGGAAGAAACUGGAGACAUUUGUACACUUGAUCGAGCAUUUAUAUCUCUAAGGGCAGAUAAGAGGUUUUCGUUGUGCAUUGAAGAUCUUGUACCAGUAGCUCUUGGGAGGUUUAUCAAGACCCUUGUAUUAUCAAUAUCUCAAGCUGAGACUGCCGACUCUGGUGUUCCUGGCAACUCUGGUCAUCAGCUGGAGAAGAUGUUCUCAUUGUUUAUGGAACAGGGGAACUUAUGGCCAGAGAUAUUAAGCUUGCCUGAGAUCAGAAGCCCAGUAAUUUCUGAGAGCAGCUUAUAUGGAUAUCUCCACAGAUAUAUUGCUUCACUAGAGGGGAAUGGAAAGCUUGAGACACUUGAAGCAAUAAAUGAGAAGAUUCGAAAGCGCUUUAAAAAUCCCAAGUUGUCCAAUAGCAACUGUGCAAAGGUAUGCAGGCAUGCGUCCUUUGCCUGGUGUCGAUCUCUUAUAAUCAGUUUGGCAUUGAUCACCCCCGUACAAUCUGGACUCCAAAGUGAGAUACAUGCCCUUAACUCAUCAGAUAGCAAUCUGGAAAGUAGUCUUUUGCUCUGUAUUGAUCUGCAAACAAAUGAGUUAUGGAGUCAAUCAUUUGAGGAUUCUACCUACUUGGGAAAUCUUGAAACAAAAUGGAACCACAUGUUGAGUAGAAUCAAGAAUAUAGUGAUUAAGAAAGUUUCAGAUGAAAAUAUUGAGACUGCUACCUCUCUGUUUAGGAGCUCUUAUAAUUUCUACCGUGAGAGUUCCUGUGUAAUGCUCCCAUCUGGUAUCAACCUUUGUUUAGUUCCAUCUCGGCUGGCAGUACAAGCCCAAGUUCAGCCUAACUUGGACGGAGUUGAAAUUCUUGAUCUUAGCAUUCCAAGGAAGCUUCUCUUGUGGGCUUAUGCACUAUUGCAUGGCCGUUAUGCUAAUAUCUCAGUUGUUGUGAAGCAUUGUGAAGAAAAUGUGAAGUCAAAGAUGAAAAAAGGACCUGGAACCUCAUUUGUGCCAUCCAGUGCAAGCCUGCCUGCCACUACCGUUAUUCAUACAGCUACAGGUGGUGGGAAAGAUAGUGCUACUCAAGGUGGUAGCAAUGAACCAGAGGUGCCUUUGGUGAACGUACCAGUGAUUGCUGUGACAUCAGUCUCAUUAUCUGAGGGUGAUAGCAUACAGUGCACAAAUCCGCCACUAACUUCUGAUGAGGGCCAAAACAUUUUAUUAGCUACUCCCCAGCAAAAUCAAGAUAACAGCACCCCUGACGGAAGGAAUUUUGCAGUGAAUGAAUGAAGAGAUCCAGAUAGUGCUGCCUUUGUUUUUACACUGAUUGUUGUAGAAAAUAGUCCAUGCAUGCCAGCAUUGCUUCUUAACACCCUUUUAUAGAAAGGAAAAGAGAAGAUAUGAAAGAAAAAUGUGAGUAAAUUCCACAUGUGACUCAAUUUUAGGACCUGUAGAGCUUGUGUAAAGAAUCAAGCCAUGUGUUGUAAUUUUUGCUUGUGUAAAUAAAUACAAGAUUUAGCUUUGUUUGUUGAGCUUAUUGGGUAUCGGUUGAUAUUUGUAACUUGCUAGGCUGGACUAGCCAGCUUUUUACGAUGGAAUUGGAUCAUAAAGCCUUUGACAAAUCAUCGAAGAAUACGAGCUGGACAGAUGCUUUGAUUUCUCCA